ACCUCCCCCCAACUGUGUGUCUGACCUUCGCUCAGCUCGCGGCCGCCGCGCGCGCAGCAGCACCCACCCAUCUCUUUACCUCUCUCUCUCUCCCCUCUACUCACUGAGGCCAACCCAUGAAGCCGCCGGCGGCGAGUCCGGGCCGCGCGGAGAAGCCGCCGCCGCAGCUAGCGGCGCCGGGUCUAGCGCGCCUGCUUCUGAGCAAGAGCCGGCGUGGCGCGCGGUCGCGGCGGGCGCCGCCGGCCACGUCGCCCAUGUUCGUGUCGCGCGGCGCCGCGCGCACCCGCGCCGCCGAUGGGGCCGCCGAGCCUUCGUCGCCCAAGGUCACCUGCAUUGGCCAGGUGCGGAUGCGCAAGGCCGGGAAGAAGCCUGCUCCUGCGACUGCGUCGGCGGCGGACGGGCGGGACAAGGCCAGGGGAGGCUACUACUGCCGCUGCCUCAAGAAGGCGUUCCUGUGCGGUGGGCUGUUCGCGUUCGACUCGAGGAAGCGGAGGCACAAGGCGCCGCCGCCGCCGGAGGCUCCGGUGGUGGAGCGUGGGAGGCGGUCGCCGUGGGUGUUUAGCAGUAGGGAUGUCGCUGUUGCUGCCGCGCCUAAGACGGCGCCGGAUCCGAGGAGCGGGCGCCGGGUGGAGGAACAGGAUGAGGACGAGGACGAGGACGAGGAGAUGCAGGUGGGCGUCGGGGUCUUCGGAUCGAUCGGCCGGGACCAAGGCGAGAAGAUGGGGAUCGGUGCUGGCUGCCACGGCGACGAGCAGGACGACGAUGGCGACCGGGAGGCGCAGCUCGUGUCGUCGGCCACCACGACGCCGCCUAAGAACGCGCUCCUCCUCAUGCGCUGCCGGUCCGCGCCGCAGAACCGCACGUCGCCGCUCACCUCCCGGUUCCCCUCCACCGCCACCGCGGGGUUGGGACCGGCGCCGUCGCCGUCGCCGAGCAGAGACGCUCUCGCCUCCGUGGCGUCUCCGGCCGCCCGGAAGCCGGAGAAGCUGUCUCCAUCCCCUUCGCCUUCCCCGCGGAAGCCGGCGUUGUCGGAAGAGGACGGCGUGGCGACAAGGCAAGCAGGAGCGGCGGCGGCGGCGCGUGAGCUGCAGGAGCUGCAGCUGAUCUUAGGCGGAGAAGAAAAAGAAGAAGAGGAAGUAGAAGACGACGACGGGUUCGAUGCGUAUGACGAGGAGGAGGACGAGACGAUGCGGUGCUCAUCGGCGCGGCCACUGGUGCUGCAGCGGUGCAAGUCGGAGCCGGCGACGACCGCGGCCGCGAAGAUGGCGGCGGGGACCGCGGCGGACGCGACGGCCGCCGGGUGCUUCUGGGCCCACGGAGGGAGCAGCGGCCGGAGAAGGCACGCGCCGCCGGCCGCGCCGCCGGCGGCGGUGGCUUUGACCGGUCACUGAGAUGGAGAUGGGGAACUGGUGUGGGACCCACCCGUCAGUAUAAUGUUUUCUCCUUUUGUUUACUUCUGCUGUUAAAUCGGGAUUCCUAGAAGAUCAUUACUGGUAAGCUGUGUAGGUAAUAUUUUUUUUCCUAGUCUUCAUGUCUCUCCAUCCAGGCAAAGAUGCAUGGUCGUGUGUAAAUAUAAAUGUGCAUUCACUUGGAAUUUCUUGUAAAUUUCUUCA